AAACUUUGAAUCUCUAGAUCUAGAUAAAAGUAGAGUUUUAGUGGAGUCUAGUAUUUCUGAGGCUGUACUAAAUAUUGUUUACUAUGGCAACCAAAUCUAGUGAAUCGCGUGUGCAUAUGCAGAAAUUUUUGCAAAGUUUUUUAUCAAAAGGAAUCCUCAACGGCAAAGAAGUUAAAACCUUAAUGACUGAAUGUGGGGUCCAGAUUGAUUCAACAGAUGAAAUGCUAAAAUGUGUCCAUACUGCCAAUGAAGCUAUUGCUCCAUUCAAUUUGGAGAUUAAAAAAGGAAUUCAGGAGGAUGAUGGUGCUAAUUUUUAUUGCCUUGUAAACACAGUGGAAACUCCUAUUUCUCGCCUCUCAUCCACGUAUACACCAAACGAAUUGGAACUGUUUAAAAAGCUGAUUGAGCAGAUUGUGGAUACUGAUGAGGGUAAAGUUGGUUCCCUUGCAGCACUAACUCUGACAGACAGGCUAGAAAAACAAAUGGGGAAAGAAGAAGCACAAGAUUUCUUCAAUAGAUUAGAACAGGAUAAAUGGAUUAAAAAGAAUGCUGAUGGGAAGUUGUCUUUGUCAGUCCGAAGCAUCCUAGAGCUGGAACAGUACUUGAAAGAUGUGUACCCUGAUUUUAUUAAAUUGUGUAAUAUAUGCUCAAAGAUCUGUCUUUUGGGUCAGACAUGCUCUCAUUGUGGGAUAAAGCUGCAUUUACGAUGUGCUCAGACCUUGUUUGCAAAACAAGGUGAAGUGAAAAAAUGUCCAGCAAGAGAUUGUAGAGCUGCCUGGAGCCAGCACAGAACUUAA